AUGGAGUUCACCGAGUGCAAAACAGUCCUCUUUCAUUUGCCGGAGAAGAGUUUUUUCUACGAUAUUUUUAUAAAAGUAUACGAUUUCUACCAUCCCAUCCAUGCCUAUCUAUCAAUUUUCCUGUGCGUACUUGGCACCAUCGCCAACUUUUGCAACAUCGUCGUACUCACGCGACGGACGAUGCGAACACCCGUCAACAUGAUACUCACUGCGAUGGCAUCUUGUGAUACUGUAGUGUUAUUCUCGAAUUUGAUCUACACUACGCAUUAUUCCUUUGUGGCUUUCAAAUUUUGCCAUCCCAAACAUUGGUCCUACUCGUGGGCCCUGUUUUUGAUAGCGCAUGCUCAUCUGAGUUUAGUGGCACAUUCAUCGAGUGUAUGGUUAUCAGUGAUGCUCGCCCUAAUUCGAUACAUAACCCUCCGAAGUCGGGGUAAUAUGGGCGGAAUGCAGGUGACACUGCGACAUUCAUACUACGCUGUCGCUGUUACAGUAUCCCUGGUGGCUGUGUUAAAUGCGCCCAACUUUUUGAAUUAUAAGAUCAAUGAGCAGCCGUUGAAUGAGACUUGCAGUGAUUUGGAUCCAAAGUUUUGGAACUCACCGGCUUAUCUGCCCGGGAUAGCGGAUAUUGCCAAGGCGAAUAGUUGUUUGGUCUUCCGAUUAUCAUAUUGGAUCUCCGGUCUAGUCUUCAAGCUGUUACCAUGUGCACUUCUCUCCCUCUUCGUCUGGCUCCUACUCAGGAUCUUACGUGAAGUGCGUGAGAAUCGGCAACGUCUUCUCAAGAACUCACAGCACCGACCGCCGACACAAACGACACGAAACGGUCAAAGACUGAGCAUCUCGGUGCCCGGAAAUGAGAAACUCGGAAGGAAUGGAAGUUUACGGGGGAGAGGAGAACGAGUGGACCGGACGACUCAUAUGUUGUUGGCUAUUGUGGCGGUGAUGUUGAUGACGGAGCUGCCGCAAGGAAUCAUGGCGGUGUUGAGUGGAAUGUUGUCGGAGGAAUUCCGAAUUUACAUCUAUAACAACUUGGGAGAUAUCUUGGACUUGUUCUCGUUGUGCGGUUCAUGCUGCUCGUUCAUCAUCUACUGCUCAAUGAGUGGACAAUUCAGAAAUGAAUUCCACCGAGUCUUCAUUCCCACCAAAAUGAAGUGUCUCCGAAUGCCAUCGUCAUCUAUCCGCCGCCCAUCUGACGCCUACAGUACCACCAAAAUGACAUUCCUGAAGCCGAACGAGAAAAUGAACGGAAACGGAAAUGGCAACUAUUCGGAAGAUACAAGGUCAGCAAGUGUGAAAAUGGUCGGAAUCCAAGUGCGAAGAAAUAGUACUGAAGUGACGCGGAUGACUGGUUGUGACUCGUUGACGCCGUGCUCCCCGAUGCCCGCUUCGUUCCCAUCGUCGCCACUUCCACCGAUUCGGAGUGGAGAGGACGAGUCGACUGACGAGACAUCACACCUUCUUAACAGCUCGGGACCCAAUUCGACGGCUAGCGCUGAUGGAAUUCGUGGACAUUUUCAGAAUAUUUGA